AUGGAUCGUCUCGUCCCUCCCUCGACUCAGUUCUCUCAGCUCGAUCUCGAUCACGAUCACGAUCCAGACGUCGACAACUCUCGAGAGGAGGCCGAAACCAGAGCCAAGGCCGUUGUCGUCAAGCAAACGCCGUCGAGCGCGCUCUCGCGUGUUCCCCCCGAGCUCUUCUACCACAUCGCCUCGUGCUUGACGGAGGGGUUCCAACCCAAAGACAUCCGCUUGGUGUACCCGGACCUGCGUCAUGGCGCUCUCGUGUGCCGUUCGUGGCGCGCUGCUUUCCAACGUCGUUUGUGCCUCGUCGUGCUGCUGCCUCGUCGAGUCGGGCUUGACCGACCGUUACCCGGUCGAGCUGCUCACCAUCCUCCCCACCGGGCAUGCACGCUAUCGUGAAGUCGAUGCCGAGGGCGUCCUCGGUUGCGCGACCUGUCUCAAGGUGAUUCGAGCCGUUGCAAGCCACUUGAGAAUCUUGAGCAACAUGCCGUGCUAUCGCCCCUGGGACCAGAAGAUUGCGCAUCUGCUGAAAGGUAAGCACAGGACAUUUCAGCAUGUGGCAUUCAAUCUCCGUGUUGCUUCCCCUCGAUUUUGUUCCUGUCCAUUCCACUCAGAUCUUGAAGAAGUGCAUUUCGAUCCAGCGACAUCGGGAGAGGUAGGACGGGUCGUGCAAGGCCAGGUUACGUGGGCUCACCUCAAGACGUUCGCGCCGGUCAUACUGGACUCGGACAAGAUUCGCACCUUUGUCGACCACAUCGUCACCCCCGCACUGGAAAAAUAAUGCUUCCUGACCUUGCUCACGAAGUACUUGGGCCCGAUGCGCUCGACCGUUCCUGGCAGCGUCUUUUGGACGCGAGCGGCCCUCGACUCAAGCUGGUCGAAGUUUGGCACCGCACCUCUCGUGCUGAGGAUUACUACGACGCUGCGGCCGCGAUUCGCAAGUACACGCGCGAGAUCUUCCUUCGCCGUCAGCUCAACGUCGAGCUCGCCUUUGUUCGCGACAUCGGCCUCACUCGCCGCCUCCUCACCAUGACCCCCAAGUCGGGUACGACCCCUCUCCGUUCGAUUUCCUUGCUCGUCUCGAUCGCGAACACGCUUUCGGCCACCGAGUUCACUCGCGAAGUGACGGACGGAAUCAAAGGCACCGACUUUCCAGACCUACGCGAGCUCGAAAUCGUCGUCACGGCAUCCCUGUCCAACUACAAGGCCGGUCCCAUGUCGAUGUUCUCGGGCUUGGUGGUCCGUCGCCCCCCGCCGGAAGAAGCCGUGUCGAUGUCGUCGCUUCAAAAGUACAUCCAAGGGUCAAAGCUAUGGGAUGAGUUGAGGCGAUACUGCAAGACGAGGAGAAUCUCGCUUGACAUCCGAGGUCAGGUGAGAGAGUAG